AUGUACACUGAAAAAAAUACUGGGACUAAUUUGCCCGCCCAAAUAGAACUUUACGCUACUAGUGGGGACGAAUAUAAUUUUCUCUUUAUCGCAAAGGGUGGCGGCUCGGCCAACAAAUCUUAUUUAUACCAGCAAACGAAGGCACUUUUAAACCAAGAAAAGCUUCUUUCAUUUAUAAAUGAAAAAGUCAAGACUUUAGGUACAGCUGCUUGUCCUCCUUAUCAUCUUGCUAUUGUAAUUGGUGGAACCUCAGCUGAAAUGACUUUAAAGACAGUAAAGCUUGCUUCUUGUAAAUAUUUGGAUCAUCUUCCUACAACUGUUGGUGAUGCAAAUCAUCCUCAAAUACCUUAUGCUGCUUAUCCAAAUGCCCGAUUAUGA